AUGACAGAUAUUAAUCAACUAGCGGCUCAGUUUACUGACUAUUAUUAUAAAAAUUUUGAUACAAAUCGAUCUCAAUUAGCAUCAUUAUAUCGUUCUAAUUCAAUGCUUACUUUUGAAAAUUCUCAAAUUCAAGGAGUUGAAAAAAUUAUACAAAAGCUAAUGGAACUUCCUUUUGAAAAAGUGCUACAUAAAAUUACAACUAUUGAUGCUCAGCCUUCUAUGUUGUCCGGAGGAAGUAUUAUUGUUAUGGUUACGGGCCAGCUUUUAGUUGAUGAAGAGCAGAAUCCUCAACAAUACUCACAGACUUUUCAUCUUAUUCCAGAAGGAAACACUUUUUAUGUAUUAAAUGACAUUUUUAGAUUAAAUUAUUCCUAA